AUGUACCGCAGCCUAGCGACUGCGUCGUUACGCGCACCAACAAAGUUCUUUCGACCAUUUUCCGUCUCCGCAAGCAGAACAGGCAAGACGGGCAAGUACCCGGACGACAAGCACGCGACGGAUAAGGUCAAGGAAGGCGAUACCCAUGAUGUACAGACGGAGAAUACCAAGGCUGGAUUAGACGCAAAUAAGGAUGGCGGCGCCGCUGCCGAGGGACGAGACUCAGCUGGCGGGGCGAAGAAAGCGAAGAAGGAGUUCCCUGAGGCGCCGGAUACGAUUGGCAUGCAGGACGAGAGGGGUGGACGAGGCGGUUGA